AGUCUUAGAAUGAAUUAAAUAUGAUUUAAUUUUUUCGUAGCAUCUCCGUUUCGUUAUUUGCGAAAGGUUCUCGAAGUCUGCAUUUUGACAGUUCGCAGCUGUGUGCAUUUGGAUUGUUGCUGUUAUGGAUUUUUAAGUCGUAGAAUUUGUGGUUAUUUAUGUAAACUUUCUGAUAACCAAUGAAAAACAACUGAUUUUAACAAGCUAAAUGUUUGAUUUUAUCGCAACAUUGUAAUCCCACAUCAUGAUUCAAAUAGCCUAUUCACCUCUGAAUAUCAUAAAAUCAUUAUAAACCAGAAUUAUGGACCCAAUAGACAAUGAAUGGCUUGGAAUUAAGAAUGAGCCUAUUGAUGAUGCUCCCCAAGUUGGCAAUGCUGUCCGUAGCUGGCAGUGGCGGGAGCAUGGCCUGGAUCCUCCACACAGUCCGGCCAACAAAACUGUACUUGAAAAUAUAGCAGAGGAUAUCUUAGUGCAGAAACCACUUACUAUAAGAUCCUGUGAUUUGCCAGGCUACCCCAGAUCCACAUUUCUCAUGGUUUUCAGUCCUGAUGGCACUAAAGUAGCAUCAACUCAUGGCAAUCACAAUGUGUAUGUGUCAGAGCUGGCGAGUGGCAAACAUGUGAGGAUAUUGAAGGGGCAUCCUCGUACACCGUGGUGCAUUGCUUUCCAUCCAUCCCAUCCCCAGCUAAUUGGCUCAGGCUGUCUGGGAGGACAAGUCAGGGUUUGGGAUAUAUCCAGUGGUGGCAGUGAAGUAUGGAACGUGCGAAACGAGACGGUGAUAGCUUCCAUCGCCUUCCACCCGCGAGAGCAACUGCUCGUGAUCGCAACGUACAACGAGCUGUACUUCUGGGACUGGAGCCAACCCGCGCCCUUCACUAGGGUAUCCACUAACAAUGUUAAUGAAAAAGUUAGGUAUGUAGCGUUCGACGCCCUGGGUUACAAGCUGAUAACUGGAAUAUCACUCUGGACCACCGGGCCCUCCAGCAACGUCACAACAGCAUUACUGCAACACGGCCCCCCAACCAUCAUGCUGAACCGUCGCGACGACCCUAGCGAAGGCCCCAGUCGCAACCAGGAGAACCCUGGAACUGCGCAGGAUAUGAUCGUUAACUCGUAUCAGAACUUGGUGCAGAGAUAUGACAGCUUGGUGAGGAACUAUCAGAGGUUGUUUAUGGUGCGCCAUAGACUGACUAAUACGCCGCCGCCGCCGAAUACGACGGACCGGGGCACCGACCCCAUGGAGACGGACCUGUCGCCGUCGCCGUGUUUGCCCCAUGCGCGCCCCUCCACUUCUACUGCCAAUGAUGAUGCACAAUCUUCCCCUGGUACGUCACGGCGGCAAGACGGUGCCGAAAGAAGUGACGGGGAGGGCAGCAGUAGCAGUCGCCUCUUGAAUCUCGACGUUUUGUCUAUUGAUGGAAACCCGAGAAGUCAAAACAACCCAGACUCACCGCAACAGGAACAUUCCAUUUUCGGGUCGCGGUCGUCAGCAUUCCAACCCCUGACAGACAGCACCGGAAGGUCUUUCAGAACGAUAGACCAAAACGAACGCACUCGCUUACUGCCAAACCCCUUUUCUUCGACAGGCGGCCUCUCCCGGUCUAGCAGAGUGAAUUUUUCGGAACUUUCAUCCGCAAACGCUAAUUCCUCUCGCACAAGUUUGUUCACGGCGACAUCGUUUGCGAAUAUAGCGGCGCAGCGCCGGCGGCAGCACCUCGCGCACAUGGCCAGCGCGCUGCAAAGCGAAAGCGCUUCCACCUCCUCCGACGCGUCAUCCACCCCCUCCUGGCCGAGGUUCACCAGCCUCCGCCCCGACACUCCCCCUACCACCUCCACAUCCGAACCGACCGCUCAAAGACCCACCAUGACCAACUCUUCGACCCAAAUGAGCCCCACCAGCGCACCCGUGGACGCGCAGGCGAUCAACGAAAGUUUAGAUUUAAUACGUGACAUAUUGAGAGAUUCGGGAACGAGAUUAUUAAACUUGAUCACUAAUAUGUCGCUGUCGACGCUGGCCAGCGUGGAGCGCGGCGGGGCGCGGCGCAGGAGCGCGUCGGGCGCGCGCUCCGACGACAGCGAGGGCGGCCCCCGCCCGCGCCCCCGGCCCCGCGUGCGCCUCUUCAGCUCCAGUCUCCGCCGAGACCUAGUUCUCUCCUCCAGCUCCGACUCGGACAGCGAUGAGUCCCUAGAUAUCAAUAUCUUCAGGGCGCGGCGCACGCCUCUCCAAGUUGCGUCGAGCCUACUCAGGCGGACGCAGUCCAGCGCGCCGGCCGCCGCGAGCACCGCAGACGGUGAAAACGCUCUACCCCAAGGCGAAAGAGAACAAGAACGAGGUGAGCAACCGGAGAGUAGACCUUCGACCAGCACUGCCGAUUUAAAUUCCAACCGCCCGUCUACUAGUAGAGAUAAUUUCUGGACGAGAGGAAGUGUCGUCCCACCCGACGAGGCCUACAGAAGAGUCAGGUCGGGAGUACACGCUUUACAAAAACACGCUCUGCUGUUAACCAAUAUGUGGUUGCGCGGCAACAGGAUUACCAUGCGGGAGCUUCGAGCUAUGUGGGAGAAUUUGCGCCGACGAAUAUUGACGUUGCAUAGGGAAACGGGGCGACAAGACUUACCCAGCUAUUAUACUAGAUCUCUGUUAGAGAGAUGUAUGUUUUUAUCCGAAUUGCAUAGCGCGAGACCCGCGAGGCAUAAUGCACGAAAUGACGAGAGCAGUAGGAGUCAGCCAGAGAGACGGGACGCUUCAGCAAAUUCUGGAACUGCGAGCGCUUCCAAUGUGACGGGGAGUGAUCUUAACACUUCGACAGAAACUAAUAACGACAACCGCGAGCCUCGACCUCGCCGCUCCCCUCAGACGAGGUCUUCCCCGAGCGUCCGCGCCUCGCCUUCCACGCGGCGACGGUUACAGUCCAGCUACCGAUGGCGGCCCGAAGACGAGAUUCGCCGGCGAUCUCGAAAUCCGGCCGCGAACCGGCUAUCUCACAGGCAUCCCCACAACAGAUCUCGUAGAGAUUUUGCACGCGUGAUUGAGAUCAGCGCCACUAGACACGAAAUCCGAAUGCGAGCCAUGCAAGUUCUCUCCGUAAUGUUCAACAUGAUGAUGAUGUGUCUGGAGGAGCGAGGUCUUAGCCAACUUAUUAUAACUAUGUUACGUACACUAAAAAGAGCUUUAGCUUUGACUUGCCUGAUGUUGAUGACAAAUAGAAACGCUGCCAGAUCUGGCAGUAAUUCUGGCUCUUCGAGCACGCGGGUAGAUUCUUCGAAUGUAGUCCGCAUUCAAAACGCGGAGCAUUCGGAACCCGUGAACGUGGAUGUGGACGGCCCAGACGAAGUCAUGUGUCUCAACAACCCCACUCUCCUCGGCGAGCCGGAGUCGGGUGCAGUACCUAUCCAAAAAAUAAAUAAUGAUGCCCGCGUCAUAGAAAGAGAAAGAGCGCGCACUUCACAAUGCGUGGGAACGGGAAUCAGUUCGGCGCCAGAGGAAUCGCCUCCGUCUCAUUCCUCCGCACAGAAGUGGAGCAAUCGGCUCGCGGUGCAAAUAUCAGCUGCAAACAAGAAUAACUCGGCGACGGCAAGAAACAGAAGAGAACUAUAUUUAGAGAGCAGAAGACUUAAAGCGUUGCACAGGACCAACCCAGGUGCACAUCCAAUAGUUAAGAAAAGAGUUCCUCCAAUAUCCCACCACAGGAUCCCAGCUAUGCGCUUCGUGCCCAAUAAAGAUGUUUCCGGGGUAAAUGCUUCAAGAAAUGUUCCUAACACGCUCGAUGAGCCUGUCGCCGGACCGUCGAACGCUUCUCCCUCGAGUGACAACUCCAGACAAGAAUCUCCUCGCGCGGUUGACGAGUUCGAGCAGAGGGUUCAUUUGAUUCGCCUAGCUCACAUGCAAGCCGUUAGAUUGCGAUCGGCGGCGAGGAAUCGUUUCAGACGCUUACAAACCAUUCGAUUGUAUACACCGUCUUCGGUGCGGGAAAUGUUCGCCUUGCAAUCUAACAACCCGGAAAAUCAGCAGCCGGGGAAUAGGUCUCCCAGUGGACCGGAAUUUGGUCGAGGGCGACCGUUCGCGGCGUAUAGGCCGCACAUUCUCGGGUCACGACCCGAGCAGGAUAGAGGGGAGGAUUCCAGCGAAGUGGCCGGGGUUGUAGAGGUGCAGCCCAUGCAGUUUAACGUGAACAACGUGGCGGCGCUGAUGCAGGUCAACGACCACAACGUCAACGAGGCGCCCAGCCCGUCGCAUAGGCUGCCACGCAUUCAAGAGUAUCUGCAACCUAUUAUACUGGCACAGAACGCCAUGGCGGUGGAGGAGGAGCACGGCGGCGGCGGCGGGGGUGGGGGCGGCGGCGGCGGCGCGCGGCGCCUCAGCGGCAUGGCGGGGCUGCUGGACUCCGGCAUCCUGUCCGACGCGCUGCCCGCGCCCGCGCACCGCGUGCAGGCCUGGGACUUCACCACCGGCGACACGCCCGACAUCGCCGACAGUACAAAAAACGUGGUGGUCCAAAGAUGUCGGAUCCACAACGACGCCAGCAUCGACAUAUCAAAGGACGGGCGCCUCCUGGUGGCGUUACUGCCGGUGCCGCGAUUAAGGAAUACUAACCAUUGGCUAGGUGUAUACUCGCUGGAAUGGUCGCGUCUGGGCCAGUGCUUACACACAGCGGUACUAGAGCAGAGCGCGGUCUCGGUGGCACUAUCACCCACGGCGCGGCACCUGGCCGUGGGGCUGGGCUCGCGGCGCUUCACCACGCUACCCAACGCGCGCAACAGCGUGUUCGCGCUGCUGUUCCGACUGGACCCACAUGAGAGCUCGAGCCGUACGGGUCUGUCUCCCAUUAAGGAGUUGGAACAGAACUGGGAGCAAGGCUUCACGAGCCUCAACUGCCUCCGCUGGGCGCCUCAGCCCGGCCAGGGACUCGUCUACGCCAACAACACUGGACAACUCAUCAUCAUGAGCUAGGUUUCUUACGCUCCUCUAGGAGUUGGCACUGAACUGGGAGUCUUCACGAGUCUACUGCCAUUGAUGGGCCCCUCAUCCUGGGUAAAGGCUCAUCUACGCACACAAGAUCGUUCAACUUGGCAUCAGUUAUCCCUUUCUGAGCGCUUUCCACGGUUGCAAAAUUGGGUAAAGUCGGUGACACGCAAAAGUGUCCCAUAUCAGGUUUUAUCAUUUUUGCGAAGGUUGCACCCAAUCGCCCAUCUAGCUUCCGAACCAAAGCGAAAAAUAGACCUUACUGAAAAUGGGUUUUUAUCAAACUUGACUAUAGUUAAAGAAACUCUCUAGCUGCUCAAAGGCUUUUGGCUAAACAAAUCCAUAGAAAGCACCGAGUGCGAAGAAAUAAAUAUUAUGACGAACUCUAACUUAUACGGUAAUAUAUGCGACUACGUUUAGGUUUCUGACUAAAUUGAAUGACCGUUGAUUAACUAUUUUCGCGCCGAGAGACAAAAACGGAGUGUGCGCGAGAUGAUUGCUUCUACGACGAUAUCAGUUUUAGCACGCUUAGAUUAAGUAAAAUAAGCGUUUUUUAUCAAUAUCUUAAAUAUAUAGAUAAGACUUUGAUUAUUUGGAACACUUUAGAAAAUUUGUUGUCUAAAUUAAUUCAAUUAUUUAUGUAAAAUUAUUUCGAACAUGUGUUUUAAAUUAAGUGUAUAAUUUUGAUCUCGUGAAUUAUAUUGGAUACAAAUUUGGCCCUAUUUUAUUCAUAGAAUAGAAUUAUCAUUAAAUUUGGAUGAUCGAAGACCAUUCUUAUUUUAGGGUUUUUACUGAUACUAAUAACUUAUUACUGUUUUACGUAAUUAUUAUUUCGUUGUUUUAAUGAAAUGUGAGGUAUAUUUUAAUGUUCAUUUACAUCUAAAUUAGAGGUACAACGUGGAUAACGUUUCCAGGCAAAGGUCAGGAAAAUGUCAACUUGAAAAUAUACUAUAUUGAAAUAGAUGACUAAUUUAAAUAAGUAUAUCUAAGAAAAUGCAAGACACUAUAUGAAAGACAAAUAGAGUCUGUGCAGAAAGAGUCGUGGGAUCUGAGGGCGUUUCAGUGCUAUUUUAUGGUUUUUGUUAUGCUCACAACACAGUCACGAAAUUAUAGUGCGACACUAAAGAUCAUGAUACUUGAAUCCCGUUAUCUCGGCAUUUUGCCUCGGCUCACUUAAGGGAGCCUGGUGUCGGCUCGGUCACCGAAUCCUAUAAAUUAGCAGAGGCACUACUUUUCACGGAAGUAACUACCAUUUCACCUUCUAACUAGAGGUUCAACCCAACUUUUGUUUUUAUGUUCCAGCUACUAAAAUGACAGUUCGAUUGACAAAACUACUAAAACUAGUUAAGAAUCUGCUCAACCCCAACUGCUAUUCUCGUACUAAACCAGAUAAAGUCCAAUUUACAAUCUAAUUUGCCCAGUCCAAUACUUAUUUUAGGACAACACCGGAUGGGUAAGAUGGGUAGAAAUUGAGCAAUCGAACCAUCAACUUAGUAUCUACGAGUCUGGUAUAAAAUUAGUGCAAGAGGUAUUUUUGGGAUUUAUAUUUUACUUUGUACAAAAUACCUAAUAAUUAAUAGUUCGUAACUAACAGCAACACAAUUUCGGUGGACCUUAUAUCUUUACAAAUAAUUUGUACUACAUUGGCUCAAUGUGUAUUUUGAGCAUAUGCCAUGAAUCCAAAUAUUGUAUAUCUAGUACCUAUACGAACUUAAAAAUAAAUAAACUUAAAUAUUUUAAUUAAAAAACUUUAUUUCCUUAUAAUCGAAGUCUUGAACCUAAACAUUCAAUGUCACUAAUGAUUGAGCUAGCUUCAGAACAAGCAGAAAGAGUGCUUGAGAACGGAGACUAAACUAGGCUCUCCCAUACAUGUCGCGCGAGUGACUAAAAACACGUGAGUGUACACCGUAUAAUUAUUGUCUCACGACAGUUUCAAUUCGAUUAACCAGAGAGACUCAAAUAAAUAUCUUCAUCAGAAUUGGAUGUGCUUGAAUCUGAUACGUGGAUUACAAAUUCGAUAAACUGUACUUUUACUCAAUCCUGAAAAUUAAUUACAUAUACAUAACUAUUAUUUUGUAUAAAAUGUCAAAGUAUCAAAACUGUUUGUCAGUUACAUUAAGAAAAUGAAUGACCUGUAAAUUAAUAUAUUUUGUAUGAAUAUACUGGAAUAUACUUACCGAUUUCGUGUCGGAGAUUCAUUAUUAGGGGGACUAUUGAAUAGGUAAUAAUUCAAUAUUAAAUACAGUAGUAUAAAUACCCGUUGUAGCGGAAACACGUUCUGUGUAUUUUUUGUAAGUCGAUAGUGAAGCUUUAAGCCGCUUUUUCCCGCUGACGAAACAAAAUAAUAAUAAAAAGUAAUUUCGCUUGUUGAGCUAUGUAUUAUUUUGUCCGUUUUAUUCCGUCUCGAUAUUAUUAUCCACAUAAAUCUUGCUGUUUUUGUAAAUAAAAUUACACAAUGACAUAUAAACGACAGAAGUUUGUUUGCUUUUUAUUAGACAUGGGUCUAAGGUUUGAUUGCCAUAUAAAAUUGAUAAUAAUGAUAAUGUUAGUUCCGAUUUCUGCCACGACUCUUCUCUUUCCGCACAGACUCUAGUAUCUUGAAAUCUUGUAGUAGCUGGAUACAUAGUCACAGGUACUUAGUAGGUGUUAUAUAUACACUAGCUAUAGUUCGUUUUUUUUCCUUAGAAAGGAUCCGUAGAUGCCAGCAUAAAGAAUAUUUAUCGAGUAUGUUUUGCGGAAUAACAGUGAAACAAUUUCAAGUAUCAUGAUUACCUAAUACAACUAGGGAAUAAAUCAAAUAAAAUAUUUUAUGAUUUGUUUUUUUUUUUUUUUUAAGUUGUCACACUAUCAACACACUAUAUAUAGAUUAUAAAAUAAAAUUCGCACCUCGGCCACCGGUGGACUUGUAACUUUUUCUUUAUUGUUUGAUUUCAGUUUAUAAUUAUUACCGAAUUGUGUCUAAUAAUAAUAAAGUAUACGUUGAUUCACGAAAGCUGGCACGAAUGGAAUGAACGAAACUUAUAUUUGUAUGAGUGACAUCUGUAUUCGGUAUACUGCCACCAUUUUAUUGGUUAAUGUGAUACACACACAGAUAUUUUUAUUCGCUCAUUCGUGCCAGCUCCUGUGAAUCGAACUGUACUUCAUGCUUACUUCUGCUGAGAUCUACGUAUCUAAUCCUAAAAAAAUCGAAUUAUAAAGUGGGUACAUAAGUGCGCAACUGUUUAUAUUUUAGCAAGACUGAAGAUUUGUAAUGUGUCAUAUCGCGAUUGUGACGGAAGAUUAUUAUGUUUAAAAGCUUAUUAAGUAUGUAUGCAAUAGAUACUACGAGCCACACACGUGGAGACUGUGUGGGGUAACUAGUAUUAUAUGUAUUUAGUUCUUCCAUAAUAUUUAAUUAUCAUAAUGAAAUGGAUAUUUAGAUUAAUCUACAAUAAAAUAUAACGGUUACUGCUUUCUAACUCUUCUAAAAUAUCAAAUCUAAUUUAAGUUGUUUCAAAUGCAUUUCUGUGAUUUGAAUUUUUUUUUUGGGUAUAUUUUUUGUAUCGAUUAACUCCUCGGUUUCCGCUAACUCGAUAUCUGGUCAGCAAUGUAACUUUAAAUUAAAAUCUAGCAAAUAUCAAAUUUCGGGAUUUGAGGUUGAGUGGUUAAUUGGUCAAAUAACACGACAUUAUACAGGGUAAAGAUAGACAGAUAUACCCUUGUUCUGUUUGGUAUAUUUAUUUGAUUAGGCCAAUGUGUUUUUUUUUAAUAGACUAUUUGACUCUUUGGAAUUGAGCUACGGGUGUCGGCGACAGAGUUGAGGUGAAAGGUGAACACACACUCAGCUACGUAGAGCACUAAUUGCAAAAAAACAUUAUCUAAAGAAACUUUAAGCCAUCUUGGAUUUGAGUGUUGAACUAGCUAUACAAAAAAUAAAACCGGACAAGUACGAGUCGGACUCGACAAGCGUUCCGUAGGUACUUUUUAGUUUUUGUUGUUAUGGCGGCAACAGAAAUAUAUCUGUGAAUAUUUCAACUGUCUAACUACCACGGUUCAUGACAUACAGCCGGGUGACAGACGGACGGAUAGCAGAGCCUUAGUAAUAGGGUCCCGUUUUAUCCAUUGGGUACGGAACCCUAAUCUCAAUAUUCUGCCAUUAGGUACAUGUGUUCUGUACAUGGUUGUGGCAUCAACUCUGGUCCCGAAAUGUUACACAAAAUUAUCCUUUGAAGACUGAUCUAAUUUAUUUUUCUGACCAUAACUGGACUGUGAUUAAAUUACCCCAUCUCUUAUACCUACAUUUUCCAUAACUUUAAUUGGAAUGUGGAAUAUUUUCUUUCGCUUUUUUGUAGCCGAGGCAAAUCUAAAUAACUCUUAAAUGAUGUAUUAUUAACUGAAAUGAAAUUAUGUAUUAUUCUAAAUUCAAUCCAAGUGUAGGUACAUAUUAUUGAAGCUAAUAGCAGUUCCAGUGUCAGUACGUAGACAAUAUGAGAGUGUUAUUCACGUGUUAUUGCAUCAUUUGUAGGUAUACCGAUAUUUGCGCUAACUGGUAGACGCGGGUACUUCCCUAGAGUUCUAUAGAACAAACACUUUGUACAAACGUUAAACAUUAGGACGUCAUGUCUAUGGGACGAAAUGGAAGCCAACGAUUACAGAUUAAAAAUAUGAAUCUAUCAUUCCAACAAGGUUGACAUUGGAUGUUAUUGAAAAUAAUCGUCAGUAAAAGAGUAAACGAGGUUGCGAUACUGAUAGAGGAACUUGAUAGAAAUAAUGAAAUAUGAAAAUUCAUCUAUGUGUGUGUAUUUUAUAAAUAUUGAUAUUUUCAUUGACGAUGUUGAAUUAAUCAUCUUAAGUCAAACUAAUGAAAAAUAUGAAAUAUUUCAUUAUUUAAUUUAGUAAAAUAAUUAACUGAAAAGUUUUGGGCGCAUACUAAGUCUGUGAUAUGAUUCAUAUUGGGAAAUAACCAUCCAGCUAUAAAUAUCUUAUCAUUUUAAAAAGUAGGUACCUAUUCAAAUAUCUACUUUAUAUCCAAAAUUCAACAGAUGUGCUUGUAAAUAUAUAUUCUAAUUCGAUAGUUCAAGAUUAUUAUUAAUUACUAUCAUACAUGCUGUACAGCGGGGUUACAUAAUUGCUCGUAUCUAAUAAAAUAACUAUAACUGGAAA